AUGGCUGAUCGUCAACAGCGCGCUGUGGCCGACCUGAUCAGGGACGCCGGUCUGAGACCCGGCGGUGAACAUGUUCAGCAGUUCGCCAAUGCAGGUGCUCCAGCUAUGGAUCUUAGUCGCAUGUCUGAGGAGGAGGCCGACAACUGUACACGCCUCAUUGUGGCGGUCGGUAUUGGAGGCCCUUACAACAUCAACAGACGUGCCGCGACUAAUGUGAUCUAUGACGACACCGUGGUGCUGGCUGCCGAUGAGAGCAUCCGUACCAGAUACGGUGCUGUGUCCAACGGCGUUUGGAUGUGUAUCGUCAUCGGAGACAAAGUGCUACUGUGGUCGAACUUCUGUCUCGAUCACACCACUCGUCAAGAGUAUGUUGUCGUCAAUAUUGAAGACGAUUGGUAUGCGGGUGGAGACGACCCCUACCUCUAUCGUCUUAAAGGAAUGAAGGACGGUGAGGAGGUGCUGGUGGAAGGUGAUGACAAGCAGUUCUUUAACAAGAACAAUAAUGAUGAUAUUAAGAAGCGUGCUGGCAAUACCAAGUGGUCGGAUGUUCGUACUCAGUGCUUGGUUCAAAAGUAUGGGUUCUUUCCCUCGUUGGUGCCAACUAGUGAUAAUAUCAUGAAAAGUCUUAGCGGUGAGAACUGUGAGUGGUUAGGCCGUUCUGGUUAUGCUGCUUCAUUUCUCGGGCAAGAUCUAAAGUUAGAAAUGAGGAAAGACGACAACAACACAUGA